GAGUAAGAUGAGAAUCCUGUAGAUUGACCACAGAAGUUCUAGAAAACUGCGAAACUUUUAUGGAAAGCAGUAGGGAAAAAUAGAUGGGGAGUUGGAUUUCACACGAAGUCCCAAGUGAUAUAAUGCAUGGCCUCAGGCAUAAGGCCGAAACAUCAAAUCUCUUAUCUACACGUGACCAUUGAUAAAAUUUAUCAAAAUUAUCAAUCUUGCAGUUCUUCACCAGCUAGACAUUCCUUUGCGCCCAUCCAUCUCACGAUAAUACCCCCUCAAACAGAUUGACAAUGGCACCACGAAAGAAGGAAGUAGAGGCAUCUGCACCAGCGCCUGCAGAAGAUGUAUCGAUGGAGGAAGUGCCAGCAGAAACUGAAGGCGAGACCCUCAUGCGCGAAGAUCCGCACAACCCCGCUGCGAUGAUGUUCCAAGAACAGAGACUUCGUAUUCUUCCUGGAUCGAGUGAUAAGGCUGCAUCUUUUGAGUUUAAGAAAGAAGAUCACACGUUAGGAAAUGCGUUGAGAUACAUCAUCAUGAAGAAUCCUGAUGUUGAGUUCUGCGGUUAUUCGAUACCACAUCCUUCGGAAGAGUUAAUGAACAUUCGAAUUCAAACAUAUGAUAAUUCAGCUGAAGAUGCUUUAAGAAAGGGGUUAGAUGAUUUGAUAGAUCUUUGUGAUGUGGUUGCCGAUAAAUUCACAGCAGCACGGGAGCAGCAUGCCUCUCAGAUGGAAUCGUAAACAACGUAAUGUAUUGGGGCCAAUAACUUAGAAAUCACGGCAAUGGCA